AAUGCUUCAGCCCCACCUCCGCUGCUGGUGCCUCAGCACUCGCCUGCACCCAGAGCAGCAACAGUACAGGAGCCAGUAAUGGUGGGGAGGAGGAGGAGGCACGGCUGCUGCCUCUGCACAGAAUCCCGUCCUCAGCAAGCUUCUCAUGGCCGACCAGGACGGCCCGUUGGACCUCACCGUUAAGAAGAACCAGGCUGAUCCAGAGCCCAGCCAGCAGGAUGGCGUCCUAGACCUCUCCACAAAGAAGAACCACAGUGCAGGCAGCCCCAAAGCUUUGCCCAACUUCACCCCCAAACCUGGGCUCAAAGGACUUUCAAUCAAAGCAGAUCAUACCCUGCCAGAGGUGGAAGAGGAGGAUGGGCUGCUGCAGAAAAGUUUGCAGGAUGGAAUGAGGGAGAACUAUGUCAACUCUAACUCCUUCAAGCCCCCACUGGCCCGCUCACUGCGUAUUAAGGAAGAGCUUCUCAGCCAGAAGCAUCGCCUUCUGAGUCAACCUCCUGCUCUUUCAUUGUCUAAUCUAGAGUCAGCUGGCUUGCUCAGUCAUAGCCAGUCCCAUUCCUUGCUUGGCCAGAAGGGUUCUUCUUCAUUUUGGGGAAGUAAGGCUCACCUUGAAAGCCUAAUGAAGCUGAAGCAGGCCAGUGGAGCUUUGAGCGACCUCAAAGACCUGCCUACAUUCCUGGAGCAUCAACACCACAACCACCACGGAGCCUUCUCCUUUAAGAGUUCCCUUCAUCAUCACCACCACAAUCAGGUUUCCAAGGCCCAACAUCAUCACGUUGAAGGAAAGAGAGACCAAGGCCACUCUCCGCCUGUUGACCUGAAAAUCCCCCAGGUUCGGGGCAUGGAUCUUUCCUGGGAUUCCCAUUCCUCUGAGCUUUAUGGCUACGGUGCCAUGGGGGUCGGGGGUGGUGGCCAUGGGGACAACACCCUCAGCCGGAAGCUAAGAGCCAUUCUGCCAAAGCAGAACCGCCGAGGAGGAAGCCUUGGGAGCCUCUUGGAUGGGGCUGCUGAAUAUUGGAACUCAGACUUGGAUCACUCAAGUUCUGGGCCAGCGUACUCCAUCUCUGACGUAGAAGGGGACCCAAGCUCCAAGCAGCCAAGGAAGAAGAGAGGCCGAUAUCGCCAGUACAACAGUGAGAUUCUGGAGGAGGCCAUAGCUGUAGUGAUGAGCGGGAAGAUGAGCGUGUCCAAGGCACAGAACAUGUAUGGGAUCCCACACAGCACCCUGGAGUACAAGGUCAAGGAGCGCAUGGGGACCCUGAAGAACCCCCCAAAGAAGAAGCUCAAGCUGAUGAUGAAGAUGGAAGCAGGAGGCCAGGAGUUUCCCAACGAGUCGGAGAACACGCCCACUGCAACCCCACGAGGCGACGGUGCAUCGCUAGCAGCUGCCGAGCUCAAGGACAAUGUAAAAGAAGAAAUCGAUGAUGAUUUCAAACCGAUCGACUAAACGACUUACACAUGUAAACCUCAACUGACUUAAGUAAUUUGAAAAUGGAUGGGGCUUUAUUUGUGCCAAUUUACUUUGCAGUAUCUGGGUGAGCACAAAUGCAGGGAUUAUAUGAGGAGGAUUCUUAAACUGGAGAGACACAACUAAUCGGAUGGUUCUUAACUAGUGUCAUUUGAGCGAUGCUAUAGAAGCAUUUGUUCAGCUUUUCUAUCCAGGGGCUUAACAAAUGCAGCUAAAGACAUUAGGUAAAUGACAAUUAUUUACGCAUGCUGAUAAUCCCCAACCCCCCAAAAUUCUCUCCCGUCGUUUAUGAACUUGAUACACUGAAGCGUUGCUGCUUAUAAAUGCAAUCUGCUUUGGAUUAAUAUGAUAAUGAUGGGGAAAAAAUAAGGGGAAGGUUGAAAAUUAACUCCUUAGAAGAAGUGACAAAGUGGUCCCUUUAUCACUCCCCUCUCGCUCAUCAAGUACUAGCUCAAAAUUGCAACUGUAAGGUUUAAUCGUACCAUUGAUAUUCCUCAGUUAGGGUUCGGAAUCAAACCCAGUCUCUUAUUGCCAGGUAGCCAUGACGCUUUAACUGAAAAUCCUUUUCUUUCCUCCUUCAAAUAUUCUGCUAAUUUCCGUGCGGACGAAAAGCAAGAAUAACCCAUCCUUUUUAUGAACGAGAAGACACAAAAGUCAUUCAGGGAUGCAUGUUUGUGAGUUUCGUGGACACUACUGACUUCUAUAAUCGACUUCUUUUCCUCUAUCUUUUCGUUUGAUUUGUUUUGCUUUCUUUUGCACUACAUUUUGGGUCUGGCGCUUACAGACCAGGUUACCUCGGCAUUGUUGCCCAUGCAUCAUGCACUUAUUAUGGUCUGUCUCUGAAGCCCAGUCACAACUUUGCAAAGGGUCAGAGGUGCACAUCGCCUGCAUACGCUGAUUCAUAUUCAGAUGCAGGAGGCUUCUUUAACCCUCUUUUUUGCCAAGGGACAAUUUAAGGGGUGAUCUGCUUAUGGAUCAGCGGGUUUUUUUAAGGCGGAAUGCUACCUCAUGGACCUCCAUCAGUCUCUCACUGCUGAUCCUGGAAAGCCGGAGCCACCCGCAAAUGGUGACUAAAGUGAGCUCACCCUCUCAUGAAGAUCGUUACUGGACAAAUGCCUUUUAGGAUCAGAAUGUGAAACUGUGCUGCUACCCAGUUCAUUAUCCAGUUCCUAUAAAGGCUUUAGUUGACCUAAGCUAAUGGAUUUUGGCUUCUUAGCUAAUGACACCAUAUUGCUGAUGUUUUUUUUUUUCUUUCCUUUUUCUAAUCAAAACCAAGCAGAAGCAACUUACAUGAGUUUUAAAAGAAAUUCUUCUCCCUAAAACUUCAAAGAUGGUUUUAAAGGCAGUUUACUACAACAAUGUGCAUUUAUUGUGGGGUGUUCAGUUUGGGGUGGUGGGUGGGUAAUAUGCAGUGGGCAGGGGUAGUUGGUAGGUGGGGGAAAGGCAGAUUUUAAUAUAUUAUAACUUAUUAUGACUGACUAUGUAAAAGCCAAUCCAUGAUUCUGGGUGUUUUUUUUUCUCUCCUCAUUUUUAACUCAGGGUAACUGAGACAGAUGUGGAUUACAAAUAUGGUAAUUUCCUGUUGGACCUAAUAGUAGAUGAAAAGAGGACACAGCAAGCUUCUCACCAGUGCUUUGACUCUGGGAGGGCCAUAUGGAUAAUAUGGCAGUGCCAUAGCAGCAGAUAGACCUUUAAGGAAUACUGGAAAAGAACAGAACACUGAUGUUGGAUUUGUGGAUUUAUGGCGCUUAACCUCUAAGAUAGCACUUUUUAAACACAAGAAGAAAAACAAAGGAGGAAGAAAGUUUAAGGUUAUGCAUGCAGUGUAGCUCUUUUCCGAGGAAUACAACAGAGGGGGCAAUGAGGAGGUCAGAGAGAUGGCAUAAAAAAAGCUUUAGUGUUUCUGAAAGGUGCAGCUUGGACCCAAACUACUUAUUUUCCUCUCAAUUACCUCCACAAUUUAAAAAGAAAAGAAAAAAAAAGUUUGACAGCUUGAACAAGUUCAGUUUUGUGUAGUGUUGUCUCGUUGUUUUCCCCUCCCCUUCGUCGCUAAAUGUCGCUCUUCGCUCCUGACACUGCCUGGUGCUCACCCAGUCUGUGAGAUUUUUGACAUGAGAAUUGUAACUCUGCUCAGAUGAAAUGACGAUGAUUCACUCCUUUUGAAAUGUAUUGUACAUUUUAUUUAUUUGAUUUGAUUUUGUUUAUUCUCUUUUAACAAAUGGCAUGCACCACUAUUUUUGGCUGAUUAUGGGUUUGGGCCAAUUCCGAAUAUUAAUGUUGAGCGUAAUAAUAAUCCAACACAGUUAAGUUUUGAAUCAAUCACAAUCUAAUUAUGAUUAGAAUCAUUUACUACCUGUUGCGAUCUUCUCCCACCCCUGGGGUUACUGGCUGUCCACUUUGUGUGACUGCCAGGCAUGCAAAGCUAAGUGAAGUAACUAAAAAAAACAACAACAAAAAGUAGUAAUCCUGGAACAAUAUAGCCAGGAAUCAAUAUGCAUGAAAUGCGUCCAACACUUUGCCAAUGCUGAGCAUUUGAAGUGUCUAAAAGGUUGCCGCGUGCAUCAAGUUGGACCCAGCGAAGGACAAUGCACUGAUCUGAUAGUUAAAACAGGAUCAAAGCCUGAGUGGUGAUAGUAAAGCACUUGUUAUGAACCUGCCUUUGAUAAAAGGCACCAAAGCUGUGAAUGAAAGUAGGAACAAAACACAACUCACAUUGUGUUCCCUCACGCCAAUCUCCCUGGUCAUGUAAUACGUUUUUAAAAAAAACCCAAAAACCCAUUAAUGCAUUAUGUAAUUGGCGUCAUGUUUGCAUAAAUUAACUCAUUUGGCACUUUGACUGAGAUCCCCUGAGAGAGGCAAUUCCUUGAGGGCCAAACAAUAUCUGCUGUCUAAUUUAUUCAAGUGACUAAAUCAUCUACAAAACUUUCCUCUCGACCUUUCUUGAACCUGUUAUGUUACAGCUGGCUUUGGCUCUGUAUUUGUCAUUGCUUUCUAAAAGUACAAGUCCCAUUUUCAGCCUGAACUUAUCUACUGAGGUGCAUGCCAUUUAUAUAUACACAUAUAUUUAUUUUGUUUCUUUUUCUCUUUGGUUUUGUUGAUUGUUUAUAGUCAUGUGGUUAACCACUCCCCCUGUCCGAAAAAGUCCUCCUCCUUGCAACCGAGUCUCACUUAUGACCGUGUCUAUCUAUUUAUAUUCUAGACAAAAUAACAAACACUCAAGUUAAUGAAUGUAGUGACAUGAAUCCGUCAAACAGCGGUCUGCAGACACAUUCCGCUGUAGCUUGAUUUUUUUUAACAGACUGUUGCUUUCUCUCCUUUUGCUUUCUGCUGCUGUCAUUGGAAACGCAGUCGUUUUCAGUAGCCUUCAAUACUGCAAAUGUCUCAGGAUCGAGCCAGUGGGAUGGGCAGCAAUAUUUGUCAGUCGGAAAAUGGCGCAUGACUUAACUACCUGUACUAAAUUAGUAGACGUGUGUACGCACGCACGCGCUCACACACAACAUGUUAACUUGGUCAGUAGAGACCAAGUGCUAUACCUCAUUCUCAGAACUCCUUUCCGUGCCUCGUACUUUUAUGUAUCCCUUACCUGGGAGCUUGGCAAAGGUGUAGUUGAUACUCCGGGAAGUAUCCUUCACUGUUUCUUUGCUUUUAUAAGCUUUUCUUCUUUGUUUCGCCUUCACAUUGCAAAAAAAGACACGUCAAGUGUCUGACUGACCAAUACUUGCCACCCACCGCUUUUAAGGUAUUUUUUUAUUUGCGAUAAAACCUUAUAGCAUAGGGGAUUAUACAGCUAUCCCAGGUUUAGGCUAGUCUUAUAUGGGGAGAGUAAAACCCUCUUCCUACUAAAAUUCAAAACAUUUACAGAUUCAGUCAUCUGGUUUCACCCUGGAGGCAGUGAGUCAGGUUGGUUCCACCCUGGUUUGAGAGGGAAUCCGUUUUUUUAAAUAUACAUAUGUUUGUUUCCAAGUGUAACAGAACUCCAGGAUGAAACCUGACCAGGGUACUUUUUGUCCUUUUUCUUUCUCAAACCCAGAGAAAUCAGAGGCCCAGCAGUGGAGAUUGGGGGACAGGUGGACAAGUUAACCUUCCUUUAUGAGCUGUGAUUUAAAAAAAAAAAUCCUAAACAUUUGACACUGUAUUCCCAAACGAAACAAAAAAACGCAGCACGCACAGGAAAAUGUCCUUAACGAUGUUCAAAAUGAAAAAAAGCUAUAUCUUAUGAAUAUGUAUGUAUUUAUUUUUACUGUUUUUUGCAUCUUCAUGUAAGCUAAUCAGUUUCUCUUUGCUUUUCAGGUCGGUUUUAAUUCAAUUUGUGUUUUUUCUUCUGAGAGAAAGACUGACAAAGCUAUAAAAAGGAGUAAAAAAUGUCAAAAAAACAAAAAACAAGACAACUACUGUAACCUCACUUAUUAGACGACACGUGAUGCGCCGUUCUGUCAUUAGGGCGGUGCACGAUGUGGUGGGAUACCAGGAAAGAAAGAAUUAUGUAUAUGAUCGCCGUGCACCUCUCUGCAGAGAAGUUGCGUCUGUUUCUUAUUCUGUCACGCUGCAUAUCUGGUUGUCAUUUAUACCUCAGGUCUGACCACUUCAAAGCAGCUGAUUGUAUAUUAGAAACACACAAACCAGAAGAAUCAGGAUUUUUAGUACGGCUCGUUUCCAGAUUUUUAGAUGUAACUGACAUAAGCAGAUUUUGAAUAUUUUUUUUUCUUGUUGUGAUUGUUUGUACUGUUGUUCCUCAAAUGGCAUCUUUGUUUGUUAAACAAAAAAGAAAAAAGAUGAAUUCUUUAAAAGCCAGAAGCCAGGUUUCCAUGAAUACAGUUCUGUAUUCUUGCUAGCACAGAGCGCGCGCGCACGCACACACACCAAUAGAGACGUGACGCACCCACAGCAACACACAUUCUCGCUCCUCAUCAGGUAGCCACACUUUGUGUGGGCGGAUUAUAUGUAUAAUUAUGAAGCUGGAGUCUGCCGUGUCUCUUUUAGAAGCAGGUGGGUGUGUUUUGUCCACAGCCUGCAGAACAUCAGCCCUGCUGGCUGAUUUUGAUCUGGCACACUGGGGCACUGCAGGCACUGCCUCUGUGAAAAUCACUUUGUUUGUUUCUUGCCUUUCAACAAAGACUCCUUUUCCUUUUUUCUGGUAAAGGAAAAAUCCUCCCUACAGUUGUUCUGUUCUAAGUGGCCAGUCUGUGGUGUUUUGUGCAUUCCUGCAGUCUUUUUUAGAAGGUUUCCUUCAAACUACCCAGUCUAUUUUUGCUGCUGUAAGUGACAACCCUCAGUUCCCAGGACUUCUUUUCACGGGGCCUGGAGGAUGGGGAUGAAUUUAUUGGGUGGUGAGGCAAUAGAAAUGGAACAAUUUACAGUUGAGGGCUGCAUUGGGUUUUGGUUGGACGUGGGGAAAUCAAUAGCAGAACGUGCUGUUUAUUUGAUAUAGAAAGAACGUGUGGUAAAGCGUUGUAUCUGCUUGCCAAAAAGCACAAACAUGAAGGAUGACUUUUCGUCAAUAAAUCAUUUAAGUCUUAUUUAGAAGGCAUGUUCGAAGGAGCAUUUUCUUUAUCUGUUUUUAAAUAAAAUCCCACAUUUGACCUAUAGCGAGACACUUCAAAUCAUAUAAAGGCAAAGUAAGCAUUGCUCCUCGACUGUCUCUUGCAGGAUUGCAUGCUGGUCUCUCGGGACAAUUGGAGCUUUAGGCUUGGAUUUAUCUACUUAAAGACAAAAAUGAUUCUGCAGUCUAAAAACCAGCUGCAGGAAUGCACAGCAUAUCACCAGCAGUUAAAAUGAUGGAUUAAGUCCCCAGUCCAGAAUUAAUCCCAGUUUUGGACACAUGUCUGAGAAAAAUAUGCCCAGUGUGCUUUGGGAUGGAUUUUUCUUUUAACCACAUAUCCAAUUGCAUAUCCAAGAAUCAUUUUGCUCUCUUGCAACAGGAUCUGCUGCACUCAGAACACAGUUUUCCAAAGUAAGAAUCGGCAUCAACUGACAGUCACAGUUUUCCUCAUCCAUUGUAAGCUGUGCUGUUUCUCCUCGACGCUGCUAAGAGGUCUGUUGAAAUGUGCAUCUCCUCUGACGCGGAGCGUGAUGCCAAGUUUUUUAAAUGUCAAAGCGUUUGUGACAAGCAGUCACUCAGGAGCAGGCUGGCUUUGAAAGCAGAGCUGAGUACAGAUCUUAAAGGCCAGACACGCCUCUGGAAUGAUGCUGAUCUGCAGCAAUCAACACAACAGACUCCUUCACUCGCUGCUGUUUAAAAGCGUUAAAGAAAUGUUGACGUGCCAGGGUUUUUUGGUACAAAUCACAAACUAAUAAUGCCCUCCAAGGAUAAAAAGUUAUUUGAACAUUUUUCCAGUAGGCUUUGAUUAUUUUUAUGGGGCCGAAUGAAUAAGUGAUUACAUAAAGUUGUUCAAUCAGUGGAAUCAAGAGUGCCUUUUUGUAGACUCUAAUCUUGAAUUUGAAGACACAAUCUCAAAUCUAGUGCUCAAGGGUUGGUUUCUUAAUCAAGUAUAAUCUAACAACCUGUUUGAAAUUACAAAUUACUUGAAGAGUGGUAUUUUUCCUUCAAAGAAAACAUCGUGAGAUUCGGGUCAAAUUUGUAGGUUUAAAAUUUGCAGCCCCACCCUCCUGCUACCCUGCUUGAUUAGGUUACACCGUGAGAGGCACACAGGCACACUCUGUUCUAUUUUCCUUACCCAGCAGGCCUUUGCUGGUGUGCAUCUCAGCCCUCCUUACAGACAGUCAGAUAGAUGCAGUGGUCUGAGGAGGUGGAUGGGAGUGCAACGGUGAAAUCUAAGUGAAGUGGAGAAGAAUAAAGGCCGCCGAAGGUCGCCUUCCCCACCCCCACGCUACAGUUAAACAUCAGGCUUUUAUUGAGACGAUGCUGAAAUUCACUUCAGAACUCGAUAUUACUUUACUGCUGAUCUGAAGCUUUUAGGUACAAAAAUAGUUGACCAGAUUCAAUUUUUUUUUGGGGGGGGGUAUUUUGAAAAUGCAAUUCAGGGCUUUGUGAAGGAAAUCUGAGGUGCUCUUGUGUGUUGCCAUGACAAUCUUGCAGCAUUGUUCCUGUGUGGAGGUGUGUCUGGCCCUUUACAGCCACCUACAUGGACCAGCUGGUCUGUGUUCCUCUGAACUCAGAACCAGCUCUGCUGACCCCUGUUCACAAAGAUUUAGGGUCUAAUUUGGAUAUUUUAGUAGAACUUAAGCAGUGCAGCAGAUUCAUUAGCUUUUGUCUAGUGUACUUUGUGUUGAGGGAAAUGCUGCCGGACUAAGACACGAUGCUACAGACCACAAAGAUUGCUCGUCUCUGAAAUUGUUGCUACCUCAGUCUGUCAUGUCUGUAGCAAACUAUUCAGAUGCAGAGAAGUCAGCUGCGCAAGGCUGACUUGAAAACUGAAGCGUAUUUCCACUUAGGUAAAGUUAAACUCAUUUUUCAUUCGUUCCCAGGCUGUACAUCCAUGUAAAUCUUCAUCAGCCCUUUUCAGGGAGCUCUGGUGAAGUUAAAUGCUGCAUAGAGGAUUUUAUCAGGCUGUUGGUUUUUUCCUUACAGAAAAUGUGUCAGAUUUUGACUUUCCUAUCUAUAAAAAGUUUCCAGUGAUGCUCUGUCAUGCCGGUGCAUCUCUUUACACACUUCUCUGAACACUAAUCAUCAACUCCUUGGAUACCGUCACUUUUUGUCCCGUGGUUAUGUGUCAUUCUCACAGCAUCUUUGGUCAUUGGAGCGUGAGCGCUGCAGGGCUGACAGGGCCUCAUUUGUUCCCAGAGAAAUGGGGCGUUCCUGGGCCGCUGCAGGUCUGUCACCUUUCUUCAGGCCCUUUCAGAAACAUCAUUUCCUUCUUCUUCUUCUGGUGUUCUGUUUUUAUUCUGGUAACUCUUCACAGAGGCUUUGCUUUGCUUUUCUUGGGUUAACUGUGUACAGAUUUGUUUUUUAAAGACAGGGCUUGAGGCUCUUUUAGCAACAAGGAGAUCAUUAUCCUCUGAAAUACUGAGUCUUUCUAGAAGGACAAGGUUAACAUUUCAGCUGUAGUGUAAAUUUUAUGAACUCUCCCCAAAAUAUACUCAGUGUUUUAAAGGUUUGAUCUCUUGUUUUGAUGGUUCAGGGUAAUGAGCUUUGGCUUGGCUUUUGGUUUCUAUGUUUAAAAGAAAAAAGAGAGAGCAGGAGCGAGAAAAACAAGAAAAAAAGUGAGCAGGCGUUGUGUUUUGUUGAAAUCUCCCGUGUGUUUUCUGAGAUCCUCUUGUUGCUUGUUUUUGCCGUCCUUCACGUUAUGACGUUCGCUUAAUUUGAACUUUGGCGUCUUUGACAGCCACGUACCUUCUCUGUUACCUUCGAGUUAUGAAGUCUACACUACAUGCAGAUAACCACGGCCGCCGGUGUAUUUUUAGUCAAGCUGAACAACACUGGCUCAUGAGUAAGAUCGAUUGUCAGGUCAGACAGACUGGCACUUGCUGAGUGGAUAUUGGAGUUCAGUCGUCAGACAGGAAGUUUGGUGGGUGAGAUACAAAUUCUCAAACUGUAAAGAAGAUUAAAUGUCACGAGACCUCACACUCAUCUGGAAGCAAGAACAUCACUUGAAAGGGUAUUUUAUUGUUUUUGAUGAAUUCUGUACUUUGUUUUUUAGCCAAAUACUUUUCCAGUGCUUUAUAAACAGCAAGGAUUGUAAAUCUGAAUAACUCAUAGCAGGGGAGGCUCACACAGAGCUCGUUUAACGGCCCAGCUCGUUGGUUCUCCGGAGAUCUAACUCGGACUGUUGCCUUCCCAAAUGUCAAAAUUACAGGAAGCUGCUCCAUUAAAAACAAGAAGAGAAAAAAACAAAACAGAACGAGCGCUUUGAAUCCAUGUGCGGGAAAAAUAACGCUGUGUUUGUUCUUUCUUUUAGUCUUUGAUGAUGUUCUUUUUUUUUUCAUCUUGGUGUUUUUGGUGCGCAAAAAUGUAAAAAAGAAAAAAACUUACAACACAGAAUACCUCAGAAAAGAAAUCCAUGUAACCUUGACGACCUCCUUAUAUUGUCAGACCCUGUCCAUCAACACUCAUCUCUGGACACUUUCAUCUCCAUUUUUGUCAUUUUUCUUUGUUCCUCCUGCCAAAUGCAGUGCGUCGUAGCCAGUAAAGGUUCCACAAGUUUGCUUUGUCUAUUUUUUUUAAAACACUAAUUUAGCUUCACAUUCCCGCAUGUUCUAUUUUUUAAUUUGUCGACAUUCUUGGUCUUAAUCCUUUCACAGCCCACACUGCAUUGAGCUGUUGUUUUCAAGACAAUUUUAAACACUGCUAUUUCCCUGUGGCUCGGAAAGAUUCACAGAAGACAUUCUUUGAAUCCCUGUAAAAGAUGGAAGUUGAAAAAAAACAAACUCUCCAGUCUUUUGUUUCUCCAAGUGGGUUUGCUGAUAGAAUGAAGGCCAAUGCUGUAUGUGAAACACUUGAAACCACACAUUCCCCACCUUGUUCCCUUUGCAUACCUCUUUAUCAACUUUUUAUUGUUGUUAAAAACUGAAUGUAAGAAAAAAAACGCAAACACAACAAACCUCUAAUUUAACUAUACAUAUUUAAGAAUAAAAGAAUACUCUAUAUGUGCACAUAGAUAUACCUAUACAAGCCCCACACAGACAUAAACACAAAUGCAUAUGUAUAUAAAAAUCUCUAAUGUCAUAUACUUUUAUCUUGAAAAGGAAGAGGAUGAGCCUUUUCCAUUGAUGAUUCAGGGAAACAAUACAGAAGUCCAGUGCAGUAUGUUAGGUGAAAUCGCUCCCACUCUGUCACUUUUGGUGUUUGUUUUCUUACUCUGUUCUUGCUUGCUAUUUUCCCAUGAUGUAGCAUAGGGCAAAGGGGCAGGGCGGCUCAAGGUUGUUGUUUUUUUUUGUUAACAGACGAUGUAGUGAAACUAGGAUCUUGUGUAGUUGUAGUCUUUUUAGGCCUGAUUCUGUGAAAUGGGGGGGAUGGGUGGGUAAGCGGGUGGGUUUCUUUCUUUUUUUUUUCCUGAAGCGGACACUGUAAAGACAGUAUAUGUAUGAAGAUGACUUAGAUAUGAAGUCACACUGGGUGGGUUGAAGGGCUGCAGGGAGGGUGAUGGCUUAUCUUCAGGAUGGUCGUGUAUAUAGAUCGGCUUUACCCAUCAGUCCUCGCCUGUUUUUUCACAGGUGGGUUGGAAUUGUAUACUGAAGGCACUGAGAAUGAACGGUUUUGUGUGUUUUUGUGUCUAGAUAAGAAAAGACUGUUUUAAAUGAAGGAAGUGGAGGGGUGAUGAACCCUGUUCAGGUUGUCCACAAAAGCCAACGGACAGCGAAGUUGUUAGAAGAAGCGGCUCCCUCGAAACACCGCUUUGCUGGGAGUGAUGGAUGAUUUCGUGGACGUUGACACUCUUGAUAUUUUUGCAUGCUGGUGUACAUACCCCUCAGUCCUUUAUUUGAAGAGGCUGGUUAAUCCAAAAGCACUAAUUUUCUUUUGGAUGUUGUCCGCAGGACAGAUUCGGAUGUUCUGAAUAUAAAAUAUAGCCCCCCAAGGAAAAAAAAAAAAUCCCCUUUCCUAAGAAGGAGCACCUAAGGUGUUUGUUUGUCACUGCAACAGCUUUCGUAGUAGUUUUUGGCUAAAGCUCUUUUGCAAUCAUUCUGUUUUCCUUGUGUAAAGUAAUUUUUUUCAAGUGUAUGAGUGUGAAUGUGUGUGCCUAUGUAAGAAACAAUGUGCAAAGCUUGCUUCUUUCGAUUUCUUUUUUUCCCCCCUCAGUUCAACCAUGUUUUCGCUUCAGAGUUGUUUUUAAGGAACAUUAAUCUUUUUGUGCUCUUACGGAAACUCAAUGAAACAGUGUGCAAGUUUGAAGAACUGCAUCUCUGUCUGUAAAAGAUGCCUCUCUCUGGGCGCCUUACAGACCUAAAUUGCAUUACCCAGACACCCUCAGGGACCCUUGACAACACUGCUCUCACUCUUAUUCAGGUACUUAAUCUAUACCGAGGCCUAGCAGUGAUCAACUUUAACUAUAGUUUAUUUUCAUUAGCCCGUUCCUAUGAAAACGAAUUACAGCCAAAAUUUGAUCCGAAACAGUCUGUCUUGCCCUCUACUCAUGGAAUUACGUCUCGUUUUCUAUCCUUACAUGUCUCUUUUUGUAACCUCUGGAUAUGUUUAGUAUGUUCUGAAUGUUAGCUGUCUUCUCAGUUCAUAACCACUGAGUCUUUGUAAGCACUCUGUUCUCUCUCUGACUUGCGUCAAGUGCCAUGGCUUUUGCUCUGUGCAGUAAUCAGGAAUCGAUUAUUGUCUUGCUACGAAGCACCAACCUAACAGUGACUUACACCAAGCUAACCUCUUAAAAUAAACACGUCAGACAAGUGCACAUAACAGUGGUUUGGCUUUAAAAUUGUCUUUAAAGCCGUCCACGGUCCUUUAUAAAUGCUGGUUUAAAAACCAGAGAAGAUACAGUAAGCCAUCUUCAGGUAUCCCUCUGGUUUAAGUGCUAACCUUGUUUUUCCUCCACCACCUGUGGAGCCACACACAACAGAGAAAUGUGAUGGAUCUGCCUUCAGUUCUUCUAAAGCUUCAGGGAAAACCUAGUAACCCUCUCUACAAAGCUAAGCCGACUCUUGUGUCACCAAACCUGCGGCUCUGUUCAGGAACGAGGCGAGUCUAACUUGGGUAGAAAUAUCUGCUGGGCAGUUUUCAGUGAUGUUGUGCACAUUUGUUGUGUGAUUUUGUUUUUUAAUUUCUUUUUUUUAAAAACAGCCACUCAUCUCUGCUGUGAUUGGUUGAUGCCUCUGCUGGAUGUUAAGUGUUUGUGUUGCUUCGCACAGCUUGGCGGAUUCCAAUGUCUGUUUUAUGCUAAGAAUUAGUCAUGCAAAGCAGUUAUUUAUUGGCCUGGUCUUGAUGACAGGAGUGUAGUAUACAUAUUGCCUAAAUUUUGUACCUCUUACAACAAUCACAUCACUGAUGUUUGGUGAGAACUAUGUAAAGCUGUAUUUCAUGUUAGAGCUCUUGCGAUUACUUUCUACAUUCCUAAUGUUGGUUUUGGUAGUAACCUGAUUUUGUUGUGAUAGAAAUAAAUCUGAUUGGUUUGGAAAAAGGCUUGUAAUAUUUGGUAGAUGCAAGAAGUGUUGUCCAGGGGUUUAGACUUUAGUUUGGAUAGAACAACAAACCUCUUCUUUUCUUGUUCUCGGUUUUUGUCCUGCUGAGGUUUCUAAGAUUUCGUAAUCUCACCUCGGUUCUUAACGGGUGGCUGGACGCCCCGAGACGGGGUCUGCUGGGCUUCUUUUUUUGUUUUCCUCUUUUCCACUGAGAUUUUGUUUUUGGGUUUGACGAUAUACCUCAUUCCUUCAGUCCAGCGGGCCCUCGGGGGGGCGCUGUGCCGAUGCUCAGGAUGCUCAAGCCCCCUUUCACGGUUUGGUCCCACCUGGACUGUACCUCUCAUAAACACGUAUAAACACACAUACACACAUGCAUGCACACUUACAUACAGGUUCUCCAAAUACCCCGAUGGACCUCAUUUUUCAAUAUCUACUGUUUACAGUUUGACUAAAAAACUAAUUUAAAAUAUUUUCUCAUAUUGUAGUUUUAUUUAUGUACAAUGUACAAUUUGUUUUUUGUUUGUUUUCAUUCUAUUUUGUACCUUGUGAGUUGGACUUCUAUUCUUCUAGACUUCUGUUAUUAAUGUCCAUGUAAAUGAGCACUUAACAAGGAUCACAAUAAUCGGUUUUAGUUUGACUGACAAUUUUAUUUUCCCCCUUUCUCCCUGUUUUGAAUGCAAAAUCUGAUUUUUUGUUUGGGCUAAUGAAUAAAAAAUGAUCUCAUAAUGUCUGUGAUUUUUUUUUUAUAUAAAAAGAUUAAAGAUGAUGAUUUGAGUUCCUUUGUUUAAUUUUUUUUAAAAGUUUAUUUUGCAUUAAAUAUCAGGCAACGCUGAUUAUAUCUGUCUUUGUGCAUGUGUAAAAUAUUUUACUGGUUAUGUUAUAUUCAAUUUGGUAAAAAAGGAAAAAAAAAGAAAAAAGAAAAUUGCCAUUUUUGCCACACAUUUCAGCUGUAAUGUUGUGUAAGGUAGUAUUCACUGGAUGCUAGAAACUUCUUUUCAAAACCACUAUUCUUCUAAUAAAUUUUGUUGUGAAAAUA